AUGGGCAUCGUGGAGCCGGGCUGCGGAGAGAUGCUGACGGGCACCGAGCCGAUGCCGGCGAGCGACGAGGGCCGGGCGCCUGGCGCCGACCCGCAGCACCGCUACUUCUACCCGGAGCCCGGCGCGCAGGACCCCGCCGACCGGCGCGGGGGCGGCAGCCUCGGGGCGUCCUACGCAGGGGGCGCCCUGGUGCCGGCCCCGCCAGGCCGCUUCCUCGGAGCCUACGCCUACCCGCCCCGGCCCCAGGCGGCCGGCUUCCCCGGGACUGCCGAGCCCUAUCCUCCGCCGGCGGGCGCCGAGGGCUACCAGCCCGGGGAUGGCUACGCAGCCCCGGACCCGCGCGCCAGCCUCUACCCGGGGCCGCGCGAGGACUAUGCGCUGCCCGCAGGGCUGGAGGUGUCGGGAAAGCUGAGAGUAGCGCUCAACAACCACCUGUUGUGGUCCAAGUUCAAUCAGCACCAGACGGAGAUGAUCAUCACCAAGCAGGGGCGGAGGAUGUUCCCGUUCCUGUCGUUCACCGUGGCGGGGCUGGAGCCCACCAGCCACUACAGGAUGUUCGUGGACGUGGUCUUGGUGGACCAGCACCACUGGCGGUACCAGAGCGGCAAGUGGGUGCAGUGUGGAAAGGCCGAAGGCAGCAUGUCAGGAAACCGCCUGUACGUCCACCCAGAUUCACCCAACACCGGAGCCCACUGGAUGCGCCAGGAAGUUUCAUUUGGGAAACUGAAGCUCACGAACAACAAAGGGGCCUCCAACAACGUGACCCAGAUGAUCGUGCUGCAGUCCCUCCAUAAGUACCAGCCCCGGCUGCACAUCGUGGAGGUGACGGACGGAGAGCCGGAGGCAGCGUGCCACGCCGCCAACACGCACGUCUUCACCUUCCAAGAGACGCAGUUCAUCGCCGUGACCGCCUACCAGAACGCCGAGAUCACACAGCUGAAGAUUGACAACAACCCCUUUGCCAAAGGCUUCCGGGAGAACUUUGAGUCCAUGUAUGCAUCUGUGGACACCAGCGUCCCCUCCCCGCCUGCACCCAACUGUCAGGUUCCUGGCGGAGACCCCUACUCGCCUCUCCUCCCCAGCCAGUACCCUGUUCCCAGCCGUUUCUACCCCGAGCUUCCUGGCCAGGCCAAGGAGGUGGUUCCGCAGCCUUACUGGCUGGGGCCCCCCCGGGACCACAGCUAUGAAGCCGAGUUUCGAGCGGUCAGCAUGAAGCCCACAUUCCUGCCUUCCGCCCCCGGGCCCACCAUGCCCUACUACCGCAGCCAGGAGGUCCUGGCGCCUGCAGCCGGCUGGCCGGUGGCCCCCCAGUACCCACCCAAGAUGGGCACAGCCAGCUGGUUCCGCCCCAUGCGGACUCUGCCCAUGGAACCUGGCCCCAGAGCCUCGGAGGACCAGGUCUCCGCCUCGCUCUGGACUGACAUCACGCCCCUCCGGCCGGAGUCCAGUGACUCAGGGCUGGGCGAAGGGGACUCUAAGAGGAGACGCGUGUCCCCCUAUCCUUCCAGUGGGGACAGCUCCUCCCCCGCCGGGGCCCCGUCCCCUUUUGAUAAGGAGGUCGCGGAGGGCCAGUUUUAUAACUAUUUCCCCAACUGAGCCGGUGUGGACCUGGUGCGAGGCACAGAA